CUUAAAGCCUACUUCACUGAGGUAGGAUGUACCAUCAAAAGGAUUAUCACUUGUACCUGGACCUGAGCUGAGUAUCUGACGGCCACACACGGUUCUAGAUUCAUAGUAGGCUAAACCAAUCAGUGAAAUAUAAAAGUAGACAUUACGUGGCAAGGACACAGACAAAAGCGGAAGAAGUAAAAAGUCGAAGUGUUAAGCACACAUGGACAUGGAUACUUGUGCCAUAUCUGCCUUUCUUCUGUUUUCGUUGCGAUUGCUGAGCUCAGUGCAGGCGUGUGGUGUUGAGAUCAACACAGAGAAGAAGAGAGAGUUGUGCUUGUCUCAAGUGGAGAAUGUCACUUCAGGUUGCCUGGGCUCGUGGGACAAGAUUGCCUGUUGGCCAUCAGCCCAUGUGGGAGAGGUGGUCACCAUACCCUGCCCGGAUUAUUUCAGCUUUGUGUCUGGCCACCCCAAAGGAAACGUAUCAAGGUAUUGCACCUCGGAAGGCUGGUCAGAGAUCAACCCUUUGGCCAUUGCUCUGAGCUGUGGUUACAACCCCAACAGCACCUUCAGUGACGAAGUAGUGAGUCUGGAGCAUUUCUUGUCAUCAGUGAGAAUUGGCUACACCAUCGGUCAUGUACUCUCUCUGGUAUCCCUGACUGCAGCCAUAGUCAUUCUGUGCAUCUUUAGGAAACUACAUUGCACAAGAAACUACAUCCACAUCAACCUGUUUAUGGCCUUCAUACUGAAGGCUAUCGCAGUGCUUGUUAAGGAUGUGGUUCUGUUUGAUGAUCAGGAGUGCCCCUCUGAAUCAGUGGGGUGCAGGGCUGCAAUGGUAUUCUUCCAGUAUGGAGCCAUGGCCAGUUACUUUUGGUUACUGGUGGAAGUGCUGUAUCUUCAUGCCCUUCUGGCGGUGUCGUUCUUCUCCGAGAGAAAAUACUUCUGGUGGUACAUUCUCAUUGGCUGGGGAGUUCCUGCAGUGUUCAUCACGGCGUGGAGCAUCACAAUGGCUCACCAGACUGAUGCCGGAUGCUGGGAUUUGAUUGAUGACCAUAUUUGGCUGAUCAUCCGAGUACCCAUCAUAUUGACUAUAUUGGUGACCUUCAUUCUCUUCAUGUGUAUCAUACGGAUACUUCGGCAGAAGAUCAACUGCAGAGACAUCGGGCGACAUGAGUCAAACCAAUACUUGAGGUUGGCUAAAUCAACAUUGCUGUUGAUUCCUCUGUUUGGGAUUAACUACAUAGUAUUUGCAGUCAUUCCUGUACAUCUAGCCCCUGCUAUUAGGCAUGUGUUCGACCUGGUCUUGGGGUCAUUCCAGGGUUUUGUGGUGGCUGUUCUGUACUGUUUCCUAAAUGGAGAGGUGCAGGCAGAGAUCAAACGCAAGUGGAGGAGGUGGCACAUGCAAAGAUUUCUUGGAAAUGGCACAAAGUACCAGUACCAGCAGCCGUCCCUGGCCAGCAACGGGAACAACAGCACCCAGAUCACCAUGAUGACCAAAUGCAGUCCGACCACGUGGCGAGCUAGCGAAGGCCCGGACGAUCUCUCAGCAGUCUGACCCCCUGGCCCCUGCGACAGGAAACCGCAUGUCGUCGGAGAAGUGCCCCACACAGGGGUAUGACUCAAGCAAACCUCUUCCUCCUCUCUGCAGAGUGUGAUAGAUCUGAUUACUAUGGCACGCACAUUGACAUUAUCACUAAGUGGGGCAGCAAGGUCACUUGCAGUGCAAGCAAAGUGCAUUGCUCCAGAGGGUUUGCCAUGUACUACACUGUACACCAGCACACCUGGUCUCUGCCAUUUCCAUUCAGGGCCAUCAUGUGCCCUGGGAGCGGUGGAUUUAGAAAGGGAAUUUAACAUGAUAAUCGCCAACAUGAAAAUCAAUGGUGUUUUCCACAGUUAGGGAUUAACUGUUAGUCUGUCUGAUACCGGACCAAUUUUCUAAUCUUAAUUGAGAAUCGGUCAGGGUACACUUCAUUCACUUCCGAUUUCCCAGGGGCAUAAUCAGCAGUGAAAUUAAGCUUAUGAAUUGGUACAUUCAAUUCUUAUGUGUUUGCUGUACAUUUCUUGUAAAUGAAGGUUAAUUCAAAUGCAGUUGUUUAUUUCCAAAUUCCAAGGAAAAUAUCAAUAUUGUUUAAUACUGACAGCAUCAGUGUAGCCAUUAGUUGUGUUGAGCAGUGUUGUUGAUUGUACUUCUCUGUUUGUCAUCACAUAAAGCCCGCCCUUUACUGCAUAUGUGGUUGUGAUUGGGUCCUGGGUUUUUGGUCUUUUGGAAAUCAGCUUCAAUGGAAAUACAAUCCUGCAGAGUAAAUUUACAUUCGCUAAGAAGUUUGUCUGAGUUUUAGAACUAGACUAAUUAACUGUUGUCUUAAAAGAGAUCAUAAGCUGAACACACCAUUGAUCAACUCUCAGGCAGGUUGACAAUUAUGAGUAAGAAAUGCUGUCUGUUCAAAUUAUUACAGGACUUACCUACCACAGAUGCCUUUGGGUUGAACACCUCUGGUUAACCUUAUUCUCCAUAAUGAGGUCAUUGGAGAUGGGCUGAUCAGUCAGUGCUCGUAGAAAUGUCAAGUACAAUGGUAAUACUAUUUUUAGGCACCACUUCACCUAUUUUGUAUGUGUAAAUAAUAUGUAGGCUAAAUGACACGCAUAGAGACCCAUACAUUCUUAGGUUUUAUGGCCAACUGCAAAUUUUUCUUCACCCUGUAGCCAAAUGUGAAUUAGCAGAUGUUUGUCCCACAGACAUGAUGUGGUUGUGUUUAUGUUUGUAUGUUUGUUUGUUUGUUUGUAUGUUUGUUUGUAUGAUUCUGAACUGUGCAAUUAUAGUGCAUGGAUGUGUAUAUAGUUAUUGAUGGUACAGAUGUUUGCAGAAUAAUGUGGAUUGCACAAUAAUAGUAUUUUAUAGAUCUAGACUCUUUCAAUUCUCUUUCUGUGUGAUAGAUAUUAUAAUGUGUCAUAAGAUACAGUAGGCUAUGUUACACACACAUUGAUGUAAUUUCUUUCGCUAGUUUGUCAUCAGUAGCCGUGGUUAAGAUGAUGCUAAAAAUGUGGGUGUCCAUGAUCUGUAGGCUAUUUUCUAUCAUAGAGUAAUGAUGUGUACACGGGUGCAUGCGUGCACAUAAAAAAAACGAAUACCUCAUAUAGGGUCGCAAAAUACCGGGAAAUUGUUUUAAACUUGGAAACUUUCCAUGGGAAUUAAUGGGAAUAUUUGGGAAUGAUCUGGAAUAAAUGGGAAUUAAUGGGAAUGAACUGGACAUUUUUAAUCUAUAACACAGAACCUAAAUGUAGUUGAAAAGACCCAUCUUGCAGCAUAAUAUUAGAUGCUAGUUCAAAUUUACCCUGCACACAGCAAUCAGCGGCAACCUAUGGUCCGUUCAGAGCUGCCCAGUGGCCUUGUCAUCAUUUUGUCCUGAUUCUAGUAAAAAAAAAAACAGACUGGAUGGUUAUCUUAGCAUGCAAACCAUAGGUGGAGAAUGCGAUUCCCGCUAUGCUAGCUCGCUUCAUAUGCCAAGAUAAGAAAAAUACGAACAAAAAAAAUCAUAUUGCUUAUUCUUAUUAUUAUUAUUAUUAAUAAUAAUAAUAAUAAUAAACCAAAUGUUUAUAUGCAUGUUUAUAUAUGAAGCAGUUUGUAAUUGCCCAAAAGUCCCAGUUAAUCACCAUAAAUUCCCAUAAUUUCCAUUCAUUCCAUGAAGGUUUCCAACUUUGAAUAUUUCCAAAACUCCCCAUCUUAAAUUCCCAUGGGAAGUUUCCGGAAAUUUACUAGAAAUGUUCCGCUCCUUUGCAACCCUAACCUCAAAAGUCAUUAUGUAUUUUCCAUAAUGGAAAUUAGGAAAGUUAGUCAAUAGAUGCACACAUGACACAUUCCUUCUGUGAUGUAAAUGACAUGUAAAUAUUUUGGUACUGUAGUUGAAAUGUGCACUUGUUGAAAACCAA